GAUUUCGUAAUAUUCCGUGUACCUCAAUAAAACCAGAUGCAUUUGAAGGUAACCAGUAUGUACCUACACGCGAGAUCCCUCGGCCAGGUACCGAUCAAAUCAGUUUUAACAUCAAUCAUCUGCAAAAAAAUGGUGGACUUGAUACUCGCCUGCCAGUAUUUCGGGCAUUGCAGGCUUGUUGGUUUUGCUAACUUUCUUUUGUUACAUAUGGGUCACUAUUAUGAAGCCAAGGAAUAGGAAACCAUCGUUUCUGUCCCUCCCUGAAGUUCCCGGCGCAUGGCCCAUAAUUGGUCAUCUUCCUCGGCUAGUAAGAUCUACUACACCUUUGUUCAAAAUCCUUGCGAACAUGUCUGACAAGAAUGGACCUGCUUUCAUGGUUCGGUUCGGUUCCGUAUACACCCGACUCUUGUGGUGAGCAGUUGGGAGAUGACUAAAGAAUGCUUCUCUGCUAAUGACAGGUUCCUUGCUAAUCGUCCACAUACUGCUGCUUCCAUGUAUCUCAAUGUUGGCGAUUUUGCAUUUUCCUCAUAUGGUCUUUACUGGCGUGAGAUCCGUAAGAUCGCUAAUAUGCAAUUUUUCUCUCUUAAGCGGCUCGAAUCGCUCCAGCAUAUCCCUUACUCAGAGAUCAGCAACCAUAUAAAAGGACUACACCAGCGUUGCCAGAUAAGAGACAGCGGUGUUGCUGCUGGAUCCGUUGAAGUCAACAUGAGUGAAGCGUUUAAAGAGCUAACAUUGAACGUGGCGCUGAAGCUGGUUGUACGCAAGUCUCUAUUUAACCAGCACGGCGAGGAUAAUGAAUCUGACACCAAGAAUGGUCAUAACAAAGAAGAAGAAGAAGAAAGUAAGGCUCUACAUGACAAUCAAAGAGUUUUUCACGCUGUUAGGGGUCCCUGUUGCAUCUGACGUUUUUCCAUUCCUUGGGUGGCUGGAUGUGGACGGACAAAAGAAACGCAUGAAGAGGGUAGCCAAGGAGAUGAACUCUUUUGCUAAAAAAUGGCUUGAAGAGCAUAAACAGAAAAAAGGACUACAAAUGGCAGCAAGCAAUAAUGGUGGUGAUAAAGCGAAUGACUUCAUGGACGUGUUGAUAUCGGUUCUUGAUGAGGAAAAUGAGGAUCUCUUUGCUGUUCACAGUCGGGAUACUGUCAUCAAAUCCACCUGUUUGUCCCUUAUCUUAGGCUCCACGCAGACCACAUCAGUAGCCAUGACAUGGGCUCUCUCAGAGCUACUCAACAAUCCAAAUGUCUUAAGAAAAGCAAAAGAGGAGAUCGACACCAAGGUUGGAAAAGAUGGAAACAUAGAGGACCGCGACAUCAAAGACCUUGUGUACCUCCACGCAAUUGUCAAAGAAACACUUAGGUUGCACCCUCCUGGACCACUUUCCAUACCCCAUGAAGCUAUAGAAGACUGCAUUGUGAAUGGAUAUGAAGUGAAAGCAGGAACACGAUUUUUUCAUAAACCUGUGGAAAAUGCAUCGUGACCCUCGAGUUUGGUCUGACCCGUUAUUGUUCAAGCCAGAGAGGUUUCUUCCACAACUGGAUGGUGGUGUUGGUAGUGAAGCAGCCCACAUGGAUUUUAGAGGCCAGCAUUUUGAGUAAUUACCUUUUGGAUCAGGACGAAGGAUGUGUCCAGCAUUCAACUCUGCUACCCAGUUGCUUCACAUGGCAUUGGCUCGCCUGCUUCAUGCAUUUGAUUUUGACACAGGUGGACUUGUAAUAGACAUGACGGAAGGUCAAGGCUUAUCAUCCCACUUCACCCACGACUCUCAGCCACAUUUUACUAGAAGUCGAGUUGU